ACUGCUUUCUCCAAACACACAGCUUGAAGCAGGCUGCGCGUCCUGACGUCUGUCCCGCUGCUGCCCCUCACUCCGGGUCAGAACCCAGGCAGGAUCCAGGCUGAGUAGGAGAAGGCUUCCGCCGUUGACUAGGAGCCGGGCUGAAGGUGUCUGUAGGUGCUGGGCUUCAGCGUCUCUGUGCUUCUGAGCGUCAGAGGAGGUGGAGAGAGGGAGCCCCGGCUGCCGCCUGCGGUUAUUCAUUAACACGCCAAGCACUCCGGCUCGCAGGAUUUCACCCGCUGGACGCCUCUGUUUUUCAGGGGUUUUUUGCAUCUGAACUGGACCUGUUUCUUCGGGAUGAGGAUUCAGAUGGGACUCCAGUGAACCACGCUCUCCACAGCCUCAUCUCGGACAUGUAGGUAGACACAGGAAGAGACUCCCGAAGAGAUCGAGAUGUUUGUGUCAGCCAGCGCACUUCUGCUGGGGAUGUGGAUGGCGGCGGCAGCGGCCAACCAGAUGCUGGACAGGUGCCCGUCGCGAGCGUUCACCAUCAACGUGGUGCUGCUGGAGGACGACACGUACGCGUGGAGUCGGCCCUUCGUCCAGGCCGCUGUGGAGCGGGCCAUCAAGAUCGACUCGCAGGAGAACAGCAAGCAAGGUCUGAACUUCAGCCUGACGGCCAACUUCAACGGCUUCAACACGACUGUGUACAACCGGCAGGGCUGCGGCAGCAGCACCUGCGAGGGCGUGGCCAUCCUCAAGAUGCUGCACAGCAAAGGCGAGGUGGGCUGCGUCAUGCUGGGCCCCUCCUGCACCUUUGCUACCUUCCAGCUGGUCGACGAGGAAAUCGGCCUGAGCCUCAGCAUCCCCAUCAUCUCUGCCGGCAGCUUCGGCCUUUCAUGUGACUACAAGCCCAAACUGACCCGCAUCCUGCCACCGGCGCGCAAGAUUGCCAGCCUCUUCCUGAACUUCAUGAAUGAGAGUUUGCCCUUCAAGGACGUCUGGAGUCGGGUCUACGUCUACAAGAGGAACAGCAACACCAGUGAAGAGUGCUUCUGGUACAUCAACAGUUUGGAGGCCCCGUCGUCUCCCUUCGCCUCGCUCACGCAGCGUGAGAUGCUACGAGGAGAGGAGGAGUUCAAGAGCGCGCUGGAGUCCAAUAACAGAUACAGCAACAUCUUCAUCCUCUGUGGAGCCCCAGAUGAGGUGGUCUACCUCAAGUCCCUGGUGAAGCAGAUCCCAGACGGCAUCAUGUUCAUUCUCCUGGAUGUGUUCAACCCCGACUACUACAGCCAGACCCCCGUCAGCAAGGAGAUGUGGGACGUCCUGGUCGUCACUCUGCCCCCGAGGAACUACACAUCACAGCUAACCUUCAACGACACAAUCAACGACUUCGUGGCGGGCUACCACGACGGCACGCUCUUAUUUGGGCAGGUGCUCCGGGAGAGGAUGCUCCACAACCUGACGGCUCGGGCCUCCGCCGACGUGCCUCUGAGCGACAACCCGUUCGGAAACGUCACCUUCACAGGUAUGGGCGGCCACUACUCGCUGGACGAAUACGGCGACAGAGACGCCAACUUCUCCAUGAUGUACAGGUCCACGCUGACCGGACAGUACACAACCUUGCUAGUGUUUGACACGUCCCAAAACCGAACUGUGGAGGCAGAGAGGAACCCUGCGCUGCCAUGGGAGGGCCGGGUGCUGCCGCACGACGUGCCGGAUGUGCUCCCGGAUGACUUCAAAAUCCAGGAUGUGCUGGUGAUCGUGCUCAGCCUCAGCGUGGUGGUGGUGUCAGCCAUCGCCCUCAUCUUCUACAGACAAAACAGGAAGGACCGCAAGCUGCAGAAGAAGUGGUCCCACAUCAACCCGGAGCGGAUCGGCCCGCUGAACGAGAAGGAAGUCUCUCUGAAGAUUGACGACGACAAGAGGCGGGACAGCACCAUCUUCUCUCACCGAGGCUGCUACGACAAGAAGCCUGUGAUCCUGAAGGAGCUGAAGAACACUGAUGGCGACUUUUCCGAGGACCAGAAGAUCGAGCUCAACACGCUCCUGCACAUCGACUACUACAACCUGACCAAGUUCUAUGGCACGGUGAAGCUGGAGUCCGGCGUGUUCGGGGUGUUCGAGCUCUGCCAGCGAGGAUCUCUGCGGUACAUCCUCAACAACAGGAUCUCCUACCCAGACGAGACCUUUAUGGACAUGGAGUUUAAGAUCUCAGUCAUGUACGACAUCGCCAAGGGAAUGUCCUACCUGCACUCCAGCAACAUCGAGGUCCACGGCCGCCUCAAGUCCACCAACUGUGUGGUGGACAACCGCAUGGUGGUCAAGAUCACCGACUUCGGCUGCAACACCAUCCUGAAGCCCGGCAAAGACGUGUGGACAGCGCCGGAGCACCUGCGCAAGGACGGCGUCUCCCAAAAAGGCGACGUCUACAGCUACGCUAUCAUCGCUCACGAGAUCAUCAUGAGGUGUCCGCCUUUCCACACGCAGUGCUGCUCCAGUCGAGCAGAGAAGAUCUACAGGGUCCAGUAUCCCAGCGGGAUGUCGGUCUUCAGACCGGACCUGAGCUUGGAGGGAGCCUCAGAGAAGACCAUGGAGCUCUACAUGCUGAUGAAGAACUGCUGGGACGAAGAUCCAGAGCGGCGGCCGGACUUCAAGAAGAUUGAGGUCACUCUGGGUAAGAUCUUCAGCAACCUGCACAACCAGGCCAGCGAGACCUACAUGGACAACCUGAUCCGGCGGCUGCAGAUGUACUCGCGCACGCUGGAGCACCUGGUGGAGGAGAGGACGGCGCUGUACAAGGCUGAGCGCGACCGAGCCGACCGCCUCAACUUCAUGCUGCUUCCUGCUCCAGUGGUCCGCUCGCUGAAGGAGACCGGGCGAGUGGAGCCGGAGCUGUUCGAGGAGGUGAGCGUCUACUUCAGUGACAUCGUGGGCUUCACCACGCUGUGCCACUACAGCACCCCCAUGGAGGUGGUGGACAUGCUCAACGAGAUCUACAAGAACUUUGACAGCAUCUUGGACCACCAUGACGUCUACAAGGUGGAGACCAUCGGUGAUGCCUACAUGGUGGCGUCCGGUCUGCCGAAACGGAACGGAGACCGCCACGCAGUGGACAUCGCUCACAUGGCUCUGGACAUUCUGUCCUUCGUGGGGACGUUCCAGCUGGAGCACCUGCCGGGCAUCCCCCUAUGGAUCCGGAUCGGCGUUCACUCAGGGCCCUGCGCUGCCGGGGUGGUGGGCAACAAGAUGCCUCGCUACUGCCUCUUCGGCGACACGGUCAACACGGCGUCCCGCAUGGAGUCCACCGGCCUACCUCUCAGGAUCCACGUCAGCCAGUCCACCAUCAGCAUCCUGCAGAGGACCGACUGCCACUUCCAGUACGAGCGCAGAGGAGAGACCUUCCUGAAGGGCAAAGGCAAGGAGAUGACCUACUGGCUGACCGGAGCCUCGGGAGGGAAGCCCCACCUACCCACGCCACCCAGCGCGGAGAACUUCCAGCGGCUGCAGCAGGACCUGGCUGAGAUGAUCGUGUCCAGUCUGAAGAAGCGCGCAGGAGGCCGGGAGAGCUUCCACAAAAGGAAGACCUUGUCCACCAAGGUGCGGCGGAGGGACACCAGCAGCAGCCCGGACUACUUCCACCUGGCGGUCACGGAGGAGCCCAGCACACACCUGUGACCAGUCCUGUGGCUCUGGGUCCAGCGGCCACACCUUGGCCUUCAGAAUCUCCACAUUUGUCCACAACACAACGAUGCUACCUUGUUUUUGAAAGACUCCAAAUGACUUGUUUGUGAUUUUUAUUAAAUAUUAUUUUGACGCUC